AUGGGUUCUCUCGAUAUUUCGGAUUCUUUCAAUGGUCAUGUUGAAUCUGCCAAAGACUAUGAAGGCGAAUCUCAUGUUUUAGACAUGCAACAGCGUGCCAGACUACUUCUUGAGGAGCUAGAGCAAUUUCAGACGUAUCUGAAAGAAAAGAAAAAAGAAGAUACUGUACAUCUAAGCAGUUUCAAAACCGAUGUUCAGCAUGAGCUGAAGCUGCUAGAGAAGUUCUCCAAUAUGGAUGCUACUGAUGAAAAGGCGGCACACACUCUCAGAUCGUCUAACUUCACUUUCUUUGAUUACGUGUGGUCAACUGCAAAGACAUGUACAGGCGUGACGGCCAUCAGGAAAUGGUUUUCUUUGCACCCAAAAGGACGCACUCCUGCCCAUAAUAGAGCUCAGAACCGAUCCUACGUGACAAUGGUCGAUAUCGUUGCACAAAACGGUUCAGAAUGGGUCAAAGUCUCUUCGGUCACAGAAAAAAGAAUCAUAUGGGACUUGGCGAAAGCAGGGUAUGCAGCAUCAUCAGAUGACGAUGAUGAUUACCAAGAAGAAAUCGAUGAUUCAAUUGGUCUUGUCAAGCAGGUCAAAACUCUCAUACAAGCUUCUAGUUCAACCAGGGUCAGAUAUCGACAUCCUACUAUUCGGCUCGUGUUGCCCCGAGUCCGAAAGGAUGGUCACAAACAAGUAAGGGAUGUGUUGGACCAGAUCCGGGCAUUAGGCGUAAUUGUGCAAACCGAAGAGGAUAUACCGAGGUCAGCUCCUGUCGCCGAGGUUCUCCCUCAGAUCGCUGCAGAUCGAUUUGCAAGCUUUUCGGCAACGAUCAAUUUGGACUGCACGGUUCUCCUCGCAUUUGUGAGUGAUCUAUCACAUGGAAGGGUCGAGCCGAAAGAUUGGCACAACAAAGAUAUUGCGAGACAGAUAAGGUUGGAAGCCGAGGACCAGCUUUUACCAAAUAGCUUAUGGCCUGCUUGCGGAGAGAGGAAGCUCGUAUGUACGCGUGAAGCGGCCAUCAGAAUGCACGAAAUUGUGAACAUCAUCGGCACCGAGACCGAAAAGAAACGGGCUGCAUUAUUAAUCGAUCAAGGCGACGAUGACAAGACGCAUUUGACAAGCGCACAACGCAUCGAAGAGUUCCAAAAACUCUCGGAUUAUCAAAUUCCCCCGAACUGGAAUCUUCCGGUCGCGGUGAUUGAUAUAGACCUCGAUUCCAUCAAGUCAAGUCUUCCUCCAGUCGUUACAGAAGUCGAGAAACUCUUGAUCAAUAUCAAUCAGUCGGUGUUUCUCUACGGUUGGAGCGCAGGCCAGACGACCAUGAGUUCCAAUGGGAGUGUUGCAAAGAGUAUUGAAGCGAAAAUCGAGGAGAACCGGGUACAUGAUAGUGACAGCGGUCCAGAUAUAUGGCUCUGUCCCACUUCGAGAUCUUUGGUUGGAAAGGAAAAGGAGAGGAGAAAACCUUGA